AUGGGGAGGCUAGUGGUGCAGCAGCAGCAGCAGCAGCGGCGGCUGCAGGAGGAGGGUUGCUGCUCGGAGAAGAAGAAGAAGCUGAGGAAAGGGCUGUGGUCGCCGGAGGAGGACGAGAGGCUGGCGACGCACAUCGCGCGGUUCGGCGUCAGCUGCUGGAGCUCGGUCCCCGACCUCGCCGGGCUGCAGCGCUGCGGCAAGAGCUGCCGGCUCCGGUGGAUGAACUACCUGAGGCCCGACCUCAAGCGCGGCCGCUUCUCCCAGCAGGAGGAGGCGCUCAUCUUGGCUCUCCAUGACAAGCUCGGCAACAGCUGGUCUCAGAUUGCGGCGAGGCUGCCGGGGAGGUCGGACAACGAGAUCAAAAACUUCUGGAACGCGCGGCUGCGCAAGAAGCUCCGGCAGACGGAGUCGUCGUCGUCGACGGCGGCGGCGGCUGGACACCGCCGCGGCGAGACCGACCGGAGCCGACAGCCGCCGCCUGAGGCGUUCAACACAUUCUCCCACCGCUCAGCCCACAACGACCGGCCGACUCCUGCCGCUGCCGCCCACAUUGCCGCUGCCGCCGUCGUCGAGGCACCCGCAGCGACCGCCGGCGCUGUUCUCGCGGACAACGCUGGCCACCGGGAUGCUGGGGCGGCGGAGGUGGCGCGGGGCCACGUCGGCGGCGGCGGCGGCGACGACGACGGCUUCUUGGCCGUGCUGCUUGGGGAGUACUACCUCGACGGCGGCCAUGGCGAUGGAUUCAGCUUCUUGGGAGGCGGCGGCCACGUGUUCAGCUAA